CGCGUGCGUCGGCGUGUCGGCGCGCGGGGUUGAAGGUCAGCCCGCAAGAUGGCGGCGGUGGCGACCUUCCUCAGGGUCCUGGGCCGGGGCGGCGCGGUGACGCGCGGCCUGCCCGGGGGCGCCAGGCGCUUUGGGGUGCGGACCUCGCCGACCGGGGAGAAGGUCACGCACACCGGCCAGGUUUAUGACGAUGAAGACUACAGGAAAGUUCGAUUUGUAGGUCGUCAGAAAGAGGUGAACGAGAACUUCGCCAUCGAUCUGAUAGCGGAGCAGCCCGUGAGCCAAGUCGGGAGUCGGGUGAUAUCGUGCGACGGCGGCGGGGGGGCCCUGGGCCACCCCCGAGUGUACAUAAACCUGGACAAGGAAACGAAGACGGGGACGUGCGGCUACUGCGGCCUGCAGUUCCGGCAGCAGCACCACUAGGGCAGCCGCGUGGCCGGGGCCCAGUGCAGGGCGUGCUGGAGGACCCGGGCGUCUCUCAGUCGCUGAGGCCCGGCCCCCAGGGCCCGGCCGCCUGCUCCUUCCUCCCGGGGGAGUGUGGUGGGCGUGGGAGAAGUGGCGGGCCGCUCAGGCCGGCUCAGCUCCGCCUGGCUCAGCUCCGCCCGGCACUCUGCCCCUCCUGCUCCUCAGCCGCCUGGUCUGAAAUCCCACAAAGUUAAGUACUGUUUGAAGGUGUUAACAGUCACAUGUGGACUGAUUUAAAUACUCUGUGUGUAUUUAAGAGAGUAAUGGCUAUGAUGUGUUGUUCCACAGAAAUAAAAUCCGGAGGGGAGAGGA